AUGUCCAACCACACGCCCUUACCUCCCCUCUCAACAAUCGCCAGUCUUAACUGCUCCGCUGUUGCCAAUUCAUCCAACUGCUCCUUCGCCAACUUUUCCACUGUCAUCUACGGCGAAGAGUGCCACGGCAACCAAACGCUGUUCGUCGUCAUGGCGAUCGCCUACAGCGCAGUGGCGUUGUUCGGCAUAGCCGGGAACCUGACGCUCAUCCUCGUCAUCAUCCGUCAACGGGAGAUGCACAACGUCACCAACGUGCUCAUCGCGAACCUUUCCGUCUCUGACCUGUUGAUGGCGCUGGUGUGCCUGCCUUUUACGUUCAUCUACACCUUCAUGGAUCACUGGGUUUUUGGGGCUCUCAUGUGUAAACUCAACAGCCUGGUCCAGUGCUGCUCCGUCUCCGUCUCCAUCUUCUCCCUGGUCCUCAUCGCGGUGGAGCGCCAUCAGCUAAUCCUCCACCCCCAGGGCUGGAGGCCGGGCUUACGUCACGCUUGCCUCGGCAUAGCCGGGACCUGGGCCCUGGCGGUCGUCACGGCUCUGCCCUUCCUCCUCUUCUCCAUGGUUACGGACACCCCUCUGAAGCUGUUGCCCCCGGUGCUCCGCGAGGAAUACCGGGGAAAGGAGGUGUGCGUGGAGGCGUGGCCGUCGCGUCAGCUAAAGCUGACCUACACCACCUCCAUGCUUUUCCUCCAGUUCAUCGUCCCUCUCUCUUUCAUCUUCAUCUGCUACCUGAAGAUCUAUACUCGUCUGCGUCGGCGUAGGAACAUGAUGGACCGAAUGCGGGAGAACAAAUACCGCAGCAGCGAGACUAAACGAAUAAACGUCAUGCUUUUCUCCAUCGUGGUGGCAUUCGCUGUCUGCUGGCUACCGCUAAACGUUUUUAACGCCGUCAUCGACUGGCAUCAUGAGAUUGUCAUGAACUGUACCCAUAAUCCUCUCUUCUCCCUGUGUCACCUUACUGCCAUGUGCUCCGUGUGCGUGAACCCCGUCUUCUACGGAUUCCUCAACCGAAACUUCCAACAUGACCUCAGAACGUUCCGUAUCUGCAAGUCAAACUCCCGCCACGACGAAUAUGACAUGGUUGCCAUGUCAACCUUCCACACAGACAUCUCGAAGACAUCGCUAAAAGUUGACAACUUAGAUGGAUCUCCAUCACCCUACCUGGGUACCGUUAGCGAGGCAAUGUCAACCGACUGA